GCCAGGCAAAGAUGGCGGCUGCCGGAGCCGGCGAGUUUGUGUGGAACCGGUGGGACGUGCCUUGGCCUGCUUGUAAUUCGGCCGAAGUCGUGCCGGCUGAACAUGCUUCAGUGAGAUGCCUUUCAACUGCUUUGAAGAAGUGUGGGACUGUUGACAGCAUGUUAAACAGCAAAAUGCUGGUUGCAGAACAGAGCCUUCUGCAUUCAAUCAUUUAUAAUUACCAUUAUCAAAUGAUUCAUCAAAAGGCAUAUGGGAGUCUUAAACAGGUUGAACAGUGCUUGAAACGUUUCAAUUUAAUGAAUCUGGAAAAGUCGAUUCAAAAAAUUGCUCAGACGGGCCUCAUAGAACAGAAAUCUGAAAAUUCUGAGGAGUCCUUGGUGCCCAGCCAGCCUGUAAUAGAAGUUGUUCUGGUGAAGAUACUGGGUGGUUGCAAGCUUAUACUACGUUUACUUGAAUGUUGUUGUACGGCAUUUAGUUUAAUUGUUAAACAUCUGUGUUUGGAAGAGUACGUAUUGUUCAAUACUUUGAUUCUGGGGUUGCUGAGUCGGCUAUGGAUUCUUUAUGGAGCAGUAUUAAAAAAGCUUAGUACAUUAUAUAAGGAUCUGUUUGAAUUGCUUCAAGAAGUAGCAAAAAUGCACCAAAGGCCAUAUAUUAAAGGAUUUGUCUUUCCUUCUGAAAUAAAUGAUUUUCUGGAAACCAGUUAUUUAGAGAUUAAGAAGAAAAUGUCUAAAUCAUUUAUAGAAAGAAAAGCUGGCACUGGAUGGAUAAAUACAUUGUUUUCAGUUCCUAAGACUAUAUCCCACUCUCAGAAUCUGAGUGUAGCAAUUCCACCAACAGUCAGGAAAAAAAAGAAGAAAAAGAGGAAAGGUACCCCAAAUAGUUCUGAUAUUGGAAAACCAGUUUUGAUCAACAGAACUAAUCAAGGUCUUGCAAAGAAGUUGGAGUUUGAUCUGAAGACAUUAUGCAAAUAUCCUAAUCCUGUAUCACAGGAGAAUUCUAAAUUCAGUAAUAUGCUUCCUGAGUCAAAGAAAAUCACAUCUAUUUCUUCUAAAGACCUGAGAUCUUGGCAUCUUCACUCUUUUGUGCCCAGGUUUAAAGCAGUGCAGUCCUUUGAAGAACUGUCUCAAACCCUGAAAACAACAGUUAUCUGGUGUAAAAACAAUAAAUUUAGAUCAGGGGCUUUCUUCUUAGGAAUGAAGCUUUUAAAAAGCAAGAGGCUGCAGCAUGUGGAAGCCCAGGGUUGCAGAUUGCAGCGGAAACUUAGAUGUGUUAGAGCUACUAUUUGUAAAUUCCUUACGCUCCAAAGGUACAGAGAGAGACCCAUUCAACUUAGAAGUUCCCAGCGAAAUAGUAGACUGUCACGGAAGCAGAGCUGUGUUUCACAGGCUACCUCUGUACAUCGAGGGGGUCCUCUCUUCAAGGGAACUGUAUCGCCUUUCCUCAGUCAGUGCUUUCUAUUUCGGACUUUGGACUCCAGUGAUACAAAGAGUUUUGAGGAAUGUAUCCAUGAUGACAUUUCUGGCCCUGCUGUGUUGGAGAGUCAUCCCACCCAUAUACAGAAAGAAGCCACUGAACAGAAAGAUGACAUUGAUGAUAUUUUUAAAGUUAUAGGUCUCUAAGGCUACUUUCUGUUAAUUAAUCAAAAAUGAUGUUCAGUUCAAAUGUUAUUUCUAUUCCAUUAUAGCAAAUGCAGGCAACUGUUCUUAGGUUUUGAGGUUUCCUUGAGGUUGUUGAAAAGCAACUUGUAAUUGUUGGUGGACUAAUUUGAAUCAUCCCUCAAUUACUUAUUUUUAUGGCAACGUUUUUAAUAUCUGUAGGAGUGUGGCUACAGAUCAUAUGAAACUUAAGUUGGAGCAGUGCCAAACAAAUGCUGCUAAGAAUAGUUGAGUAACAAUUUCCUCAAAUAAUUAUUUGAGGUGAAUGGACAGUGGAGGGGAAAAGCAGAGCUAAAAUGAAGUGCCUUCAGAGCUUAUAGCAAAUACCUGGAACCAAAAGGUCACUUUGCAAUAUUAGAUGGUUGCAGGAACUAUCCAUUUUAAAAUAUCCAUAAGAAUGUGGCUGUGAAUUAGUGUCCUUUAAAGUGAUACACUUUGAUGGCCAGUCCUAAGAUGGGACAACUUAGGUGUCCCAGGUUAAUGUUUCAACUCAGAAAGAAAAAAACCCUUACUUUUUUAAGGAGGAAAGCUUGCAUUUUUAAAGUUAUGUAUGACAUAUUUAUACUUUCUAUGACAGCACAUAGAAUAUACAGUGAAACAGGAUUUGUUUAUUACUGUCUUCUAUUUGUUUUAUUAUGCUUGCUUGCCUAGUUAAUUGGACUAUUGAAGUGCCUUAUAAAUUGAAUAAAUACCUGUAAUUUGUUAAUAACUAUUUUUCCCCCAAAUACUCUCAUUCUUCUCUCACAUAAAUACAGAAUGUAACCUCAUUGGUAACAAAGAGCACAAAUACAUUUUUAUCAUUUUAGUAUCAAGUGAUUCAGCUAAUUUACUGCUUAAUUCCUCAAAAUAUUUUCUGAUAAAUGUGAUGUAAUUCUCCUGUAUAAGUUGCUCUAGUCUAGUCUACUCCCCUCUGCUACUUUGGCUGAUUUUCUAGUGGUUAUGAUACUGUAAUCCAAAAUGAGUGUUUCAAUUGCAAAGGAAAGAGUAGAAAUCAAGUCCACCCCCUCCCCAUUGUUUGUCUUCCCAGACCCUUAAUUCUUUAAGAUGGCAUUUCAUAAUUAAAGUCAACAUCAUAGUCUGGCUCAUUUUUUAAUUUUUUAAAAUAAAAUUCACCAAUUAUCUACACUUUUUGGUGGAAAAGAAAAUUCCCACAAAGAUCUGGUUCUUGGUCUAUUUUAAUUCAUUUUUUUUCAAAAGCACUUUCAUUGAAAAAUCUUUUAAAGAUUUAAAACCUUUGUUUUAAACUUUCUUAUAACCACUCUUUGUUAAUUUUUUUGCCAAAAGUUUUAAAAUCUUUGAUUUUCAUUUUAAUCCAAAAAAAUUGACGCAACAAAUGGAAUUCUCUUCCUAUCACUCACAAAUCACUUUAGCUGCAAAUUAAAUUCAAAAGCAUUUAGAAAUUAGGCCUGUGCAAACUUUUUGUCCAUAUGAACUGCAUUAUAGCUGUGGACUUAGCUAACUCACAGCUGCUCAACUCAAGCUUAUCACAAAAAUCUCAGUUCCUAAAAUCUACUCACAAGGAGCAGCUGUCCAGGAUGCAACUGGGUGCCCACAAUCAAAACUUUUUUUGGAAAGACUACUGGAAUUUACUGUCUGGCCACCAUAGUUGCUGUACUCUCUACUCUCUCAGAGAUGUUUAAUUUGCCAUAUGUCUUUACCAGAAGUCCAGUUUCUUGCAUUUUCUUAUGUUAAGUUGCUAUCCAUAUAGAUGACUCGGCCUUGAUGGUCCAGCAACUAUCACCAACAUACUGCACACAUUUAUAUUGUUUCAUGUUAAUGCAAAAUGACUGAUACAGAGCACCCAAAAUAUUUCUUACCAUUGUAGAAGGAACCUCAUUUUAAAAUUAUGAUUAAUGCUUUUGAUGGAUUAAAUAAUUAUUUCUGUGCUAGUGAUUUAGUUCCAUUUGUUCAAUUUCCUUCUGAUAGAUUAGCUCAACCAAACUAAACUAUUCCUGCUUGCUAAUAUUUGUACUCUUCUGUGAAUGAAGCAUGGAGUAAAGAAAGAUUUAAAGCACGGGUGUCAAGUUGAUCGCGUCAUGUGACAUAUAACUUUUUGUGCCUUUGUGGAGCCGGGGUGGGCAUGAUGCAGCCGGCCUGUGGGCCGCCAGUUUGACACCUCCGAUUUAAAAGUAUUGAAAUUUACAAGCAUGUUUUUUUUUUUAAACAGAGUUUAAUGUGACAGGUAAAAGAUAAAAGCUAUAUGGCCCUUAGAAAUCUUUAGCAAUAUCUGAAAAAAAUUGUGAGCUAAAUAAGAAUAUAAACCUAGAAUUAUGACACUCAAAUGGUUGCAGUCUAAAAAAAAUCAAGCUAUAAUAGGGAAAAAUGACCAAGAAUGAAUCGUUUUAAAGGCAAACA